GGAGGCGGGGAGGUGGCCGAGUACUCACGUUCCGGGCGGCUUGGAGAAAGACGACUUCGGGCGCGCCGUCGACAGGGGAGCCUCUUUCGGCCGGCAGGGAUUCUCCUCGCGUUCCGUCCAGCCGGAGAAGCCGCUGCUCUCGGCCCCAGCCAUGCUGCCCCGGGCCCUCCUCCUCCUCUUCAGCAUGCCUUGCGCUUGCGGCUUCAACCUGGACGCCGAGGCGCCGGCGCUUUUACGCGGCAGCCCGGGCAGCCUUUUUGGGUUCUCGGUGGAUUUUUACCUCCCCGAGGAGCAGAGUUUCAAUGUCCUCGUUGGAGCACCCAAGGCCAGAACAAACCAGCCAAAUGUCACAGAGGGGGGAGCUGUCUAUUACUGUCCUUGGCAUCUUGGCAACAUCAGCUGCACGCCCAUUGAGUUUGACAACAAAGGAUCCCGUGUGGACGAGACAUUGGGACAGAUGGAGUUCAAAUCCCUGCAGUGGUUUGGAGCCACAGUGAGAUCACACGGCAGCUCCAUCCUGGCCUGCGCCCCCCUAUAUAGUUGGCGGACCAUGAAGGAUAAGGCUGAGCGAGAGGUGGUGGGUACCUGCUACCUGUCAGUCAACAACUUUACCAAGUUUGUGGAAUAUGCACCUUGCCGUUCAGACCGGAAUGGACGCAUAGGACAAGGCUAUUGUCAAGGUGGAUUUAGUGCUGAAUUCACAAAGACUGGACGUGUUGUUCUUGGUGGCCCAGGAAGCUAUUACUGGCAAGGCCAGGUGCUAUCGGCAACUCAGGAUGCCAUUAAAAAGUCCUAUGACCCCGAAUAUUUAAUCUUGGAGGUGAAAGGGCAACUUGAGACACGUCAGAGUCCCAGCAGUUAUGCUGACGACAGUUACUUCGGCUACUCUGUGGCUGUAGGUGAAUUCAGCGGAGACUCCAUUGAAGACUUUGUGGCCGGUGUUCCUAAAGGAAACCUGACCUAUGGAUAUGUUACAAUUCUAAAUGGAAGUGACAUUCGACAUUUAUACAACUUUUCUGGAGAACAGAUGGCUGCCUCUUUCGGGUAUGCUGUGGCCGUCACUGAUAUCAACGGUGACAGCCUAGACGACUUGCUGAUCGGAGCCCCCUUGUUUAUGGAGAAGACGGAAGAUGGCCGCGUGCAGGAGGUGGGCAGGGUCUACAUCUACCUCCAAAAGCUGGACAGCAUGGAGCCGGUCCCGUCGGCAGUACUCACCGGUCAUCAGGAGGCUGGUCGCUUUGGCAGUGCUAUCACCCCGCUAGGAGACCUCAACCAGGAUGGCUACAACGAUGUGGCCAUCGGGGUACCGUUUGGCGGCAAGACCCAGCAAGGUGUGGUCUACGUGUACAACGGGCAACGUGAUGGGCUGCACCCCAAACCUUCCCAAGUCUUGCAAGGCCAGUGGGCCACUAGUGAAACCCCUGACUUCUUUGGGUUUGCCCUGCGCGGGGCCAAGGACCUGGAUGGAAAUGGUUACCCAGAUCUGAUCGUGGGGGCCUUUGGAGUAGACACAGCUGUGGUUUACAGGGGCCGCCCCAUUGUUCACGCCAGUGCCACACUCAGCAUCUUUCCCUCCAUGUUUAACCCUGAGGAGCAAGCGUGUACCCUGGAGGGCUCUGGGACCCCUGUUACAUGCAUCAACCUGAGCUUCUGUCUGAAUGCAUCUGGGAAACAUGUGCCUGACUCCAUUGGAUUCACUGUGGAGCUGCACCUCGACCACCUCAAGGCCAAAGAGGCCAUGAAGCGGGCGCUCUUCCUACAUUCCCAGAAGCCCCAUCUGGUCCAGUCUCUCCAAGUACGCAAUGGUGCCAACUCCGAGUGCCGUGAAAUGAAGAUCUACCUCAAGGGUGAGUCAGAAUUCCGUGACAAGCUCUCCCCCAUCUAUUUAUCACUCAACUUCUCGCUGGAUCCAGAGGCCCCACCAGAUGCAUAUGGUCUGCAACCCAUCCUCAACUAUCUCACAAACAACCAAAUUGUACAGAAGGCACAGAUCCAGCUUGAUUGCGGUGAAGACAACGUGUGCGUCCCCGAUCUCCACCUCGAAGUCUCUGGGGAUCAUACCAUUGUCUACCUGGGCGACAAGAACGCACUGAAUCUUACGUUUUAUGCAUUCAACCGUGGAGAAGGUGGUGCUUAUGAAGCUGAGCUCCAUGUCACUAUCCCACCCGAAGCAGACUACACCGGGGUUAUGCGGAACUAUGGGAACCUUUCCAGCCAGAGCUGCAACUAUGGCACGGUGAAUGACACCAACAUGGUCAUCUGUGACCUUGGCAAUCCAAUGAAGGCCGGCAUCAGUCUCUCGGGGGGCCUGCGCUUUACCGUGCCUCACCUCAUCGGUGCUAAGAAAUCCAUCCAGUUUGACUUUCAGAUUCACAGCAAGAACGCAAACAAUUCCCACAGCGAGGUGGUGUCGCUCCCCCUGCGCGUCGAGGCCGCCCUUCGUUUCUCAACCCACGGAGCAUCCAUGCCAGACACUGUAUCCCUUCCAGGAUCUGGCUGGCUCCCAGGUCGCGCGGUGCAGCGAGAACAAGAAGUGGGCCCUAGCGUUUGCCAUGUUUUUGAGUUUGUGAAUGAAGGCCCGAGUGCCAUCAGCGAGGGGAUCUUGGACGUCAGCUGUCCUUACCGAAUGCAAGGGCGGGCCGUCAUGUACGUCACGCACUACACGGUGCCAGCCAACUGUACCUCCAGCCAUCCCAUCAACCCAUCACGUCUGCAGCUGGAGCAGCCUCCAACAUCUUUCCCUCUGCAAGAUCAGCACUACGUGCAAAAACAUGAUGGGGGAUUGAGCAGCAGCUCUAGUUUGAAAUGUAACGAGGAGGAGUGUUUCCAACUACAAUGCCACAUGGGGGCACUACUACGGCAGGGAAGUGUCAGCUUGCGUCUCUACUUCCGCAUUUGGUCCAAGAGCUUCCAGCAAAAAGACAGCAUUCCCCACACUAUCCAGUGUGAAGCGGUCUAUCAUGUACGGAAAGUGCCCUACAAAAUCCAGCCUCCAGAACACCCUCCCACUAACCUCAAGGUUUCAACGACAUUGCACUGGGCCAAGGCAGAAACCAGCCAGGGGGUUCCUCUCUGGAUCAUCAUCUUAGCCAUUUUGAUCGGAUUGCUGCUCUUGGCACUGCUCAUCUAUGUACUGUACAAGCUGGGCUUUUUCAAGCGCUCUCUUCCUUACGGCACAGCGAUGGAGAAGGCUCAGCUGAAGCCACAAGCAGCUUCAGAGGCCUAGCAGGCCCAACUUUGCCCCUCCGUGUAUGUGUUUUUGUCGCUGCUGCCCUGCAAAGAGGCACCGGGAUCGCCCGCCGUGAGCACUGGGGAGGGGAGCACAGCCACACACCAGCAGGGCAAAAAGAAGGGCAGAGCCGCAGACGCGAGGCCCCCACGGACUGCCGCAGAGAACUGUGCCCCCAUGCGCCUCUGCCCCCUCACUGGAAGAGGCUCCAGGCUCAGUGCCUUCCCUCUCCUCCCUGUUCCCUGGGGCUCGGAUCCUACAAUCACGGUGUGCCCUGACUGGGGUCUGCAGCAGGCAUUUGCUCCCAGCGAAAGGGAAUACUUGAAGCCGCUGGAGUGGCCGGUGCUGGCCUGUUCGCAGGCCCCCUAUGUCAAGCUGUCUGUUCCGUCCUUCCGUGGGGAAGGGAGUGUUGCCCUGGACAGUUUCCAAGCUGCCAGUCUCCUCUGAAAUGCCACAGCUUGGCUGAAAGGAAGAAAAGAAAAAGAAGAAGAAGCACAAUCACCUCCUGAGUCCAGCUCUUUCUCCUCCACGGGCCGCAACGGAGGAUCCUGGGCUCUCACUUCCUGUCUUCCCCUGGCCUGCUUCCUGUGGGGGAUGACAUGGGACAGAGACUGAAGCUGGGAAAGCCAGAUGCUCCCGCAAUGCCAAAGGUUUGCCACGUUAGGAAGCCAAGCCAUCGCCCGGUGUCGGCCCGGACUUGCCGACGGUCUUCGCACUGAUCUCCGGAAACCGCUAGAGAUUUUUAUUUUUCAGAUGCCACUUUAAUUAAAAGAAGAAGGAGAAAUGAGGAAGCUGCUGCCGCCUCCUAAUAGCAGAGACAGGGGUUGCUGUUUUAAUUUAAAAUGUCCAAUGUGCAAUAAAUGCUUCCAUAUUUUC